AUGGAUGUUUCAAGUUCGACUCAGUCGAGCUCUGUGUUUCUCCCUAUGGAGACGGCGCCGGGUUACUUCUGUGAAAUCUCCUCAAAGUGCCAGUCGGAAAACACGUCCGACGCUCCCAAAUGGCUCUACUGUCAGCAGUAUGACUACGAUAUCGCUGCUUAUUUUUCUUGCAUCUGCAAAUUCACAAAUACGCUGUCCAACAAUGAAUACUUCUCCGCUUCUUGUGUACUGCAAGAGUGCAACGGCGCGGAUGCGAGAAAGCGUGAGUACCGUGCUCCGCCACCAAGUGAGGGAAAUGGCGAUCUACCGCUACUGUCAGCUCCCAAUCUCUUACGUCUCCUCAACCGGAUUCCUGACAAAUGCAUGACCAAGAAGCCACAGGGCGAACCGUCCUGUAGUACCGGUGAUCUUGACUGCAUCUGCAAGUUCAGCAACUCCCUCGAAAAGAACACUGAAUUCGACCAGCAAUGCGUUCUAGACGCUUGCUAUGGCGACAUAGGAAGAGAAGAGUUCCUGGAUAGUCUUUUCUAUCACUGCAAGAAGGUCAACAAGGAACUUGUUGACAUACCCAAGCGCUGGGAACCGUAUCUUCCAGCCACCUUCCCUUCUGCAACACCUGCCUCAGUCCCACCCGUCGACUCCAAUGGCUCUGUCUCUGAGAGCGCCCGACAGCCCUUUAAGCUCACCGGCGGAGCCAUCGGAGGCAUUGUCACCGCAGCCGUCGUCGUCCUCAUCAUCGUUGCUGGUCUGUUAAAGCUCUGGUGGGAUUCCAGGAAGAAGGCCAACAAGCUGAAGAAGGACAAUGCAAAACUACAAGACGCUACAAAUCCAGAAGGUAUGUCAAUGAGAAUCAACACCUUGAUCAGCGAUUCGUCGAUACCUGAGUUCGCGUCGCGUCGUGACACUACAAGCGCAGGCCGUGGCGCAGACGCUUCCACGUACCGCGCAUCGGCCUACGACGCUACACUCAUUGGUUCACCGCGGAGUACAGAUGCACACCUUGUUCAUGGUUAUGGCACUGCACUUCGCGAAUAUGGCACAAAGACUGAGGACUAUAACAUGUCGGAGUAUGGCGACGACAAAUUUGCUGGACAUGGGCGGCAAUACAGUCGUGACCACAGUCGAUACGAGCUUCCUGACAACGAGAAUCGAGGUUUCCAGACAGCGCCAAAUCAGGAAAAUUCUGAUGACGACUCUAUGAGCAGAUAUAGUGCCCGCCGGAACAGCUACGGCGACGAGACGGUAGAUUUGCAGCGGCAGCGAGGACAAGACGCAACAAGCGAUUGGGGGGUUGCGCAGUCUCUUGGUGGAAGAGCAAACAUGGGGCGUUUGCACUUAAGAAGUCGUGAGUCUGAAUCUUUUACCGUCUUUUUUGGUCGCUUUCUUGACCUAGAUUUUCAGCGAUCUGCAAUGAUCUUCGAUAUGUACUUCUCCAUCUUGUUGCUCUUAUUCGGCAGCGUCGCUGCUCAAGAGCGUGACAAAUUCUGCAUCGCCGCGAAGCCACCAUUAGCGCUUCCUGGUUGCACUAAGCAAUGUCUCAUUGGAGAAGGAAAGGUCCUCGAUGGCAAUUGUGCCGAUAACCUCGAAGGCUUUUACUACGUAGACAUGUUCGAGGCGGCGUGCCAAGGAACAGACGAAGAUUACUUCGAUAAUAAAUUUCACUUUGGGGGUAAUGAGUUCAACUAUAAAGAUCUGCUCACAGGAACGCCAUCAGGUAGUAUUGCAGCGAGUACUAAGGAUUCGGCGACUAGCUUUGAGGCGACGUCAACGUACGAGACCAUUAUUGAGAUACUUACGUCGAAUACUCCAUCACCAUCGACCAGCACUUCGGCAUCGUCAAGUUCGGAGACGGAGAAGUCAUCAGAAGCGCCAUCGCCACCACCCGCGACUUCGACGCCAGCUGCAGCACCUAGCUCUACGAACGAAGGAAAUCCUACAUCCGUUGUUGCAGCUCCUGCUUCAAGCAAUACUACCCCUCCGAACUACGUCACUAUCCAAUCGCAUGUUCACAUCACAAUAUCCAACUCUGAGCUGCCAGCCCCCACAAAUACUCAUACUACAGAACCGACUCUAAGUACGACUUCCAUUGCCGGCAUAGCAGCGGGCGGCACUGUAGCUAUUGCUCUGAUCAUUGGCCUUGUAUUCUUCUUCCUGCGUCGCCGUAAGCACCGAGCCUCUCUCACUUCAUCCGCAAACAUUUGGGAACCCUCUCGCAAUACUAGUCCAAAACCCAAACUUCCAGUUAUCGAGAAUGAUUCAAGCUUUGGUCGUCACUCAAAAGUCGAAGCCGGUCCACCAAUGCGUCAGCACUUGAAAGCCGAACUACAUAGCGAAAGCGCAUCGCCACCGCUACGCCCCCAAACCGCACACAAUGGCUAUCCGAACCCACCGGAGAUACGCGGCGGAAGUGGUAAUGAGAGCUCGCGAUUCUACCGCCCAGCACAACAGUCACAUCUGCACCGCCAUGGUAGUAACAUGGAUUCUCGAUAUCCCGAAUUGGGAUCUCACGCGGCACCAAGCAUACCGUCGCCGGCCUCACCUGUUUCUGCUUCUUCGACGAUGCAAGGCUGGCAUGCCAACAUCCCAUCUGGAGUACCUACCAGCCGGAUGACUAGUGCUGAUCUCCGCACCGAAGGAAUGAGAAUUCCAGUCAGCGAACUUGGCACGAAUACACCACUCCGCUCAACACGCUCGGCAGAGUUACACGGUGCUGAGAUUACGAGCCCGGUAAGUGAGCUUGGAAGCGACACCUUUUCUAGUGGUGGUAAUGGGGUGGCCGAACUGCAUACUGAUCCUGUACUGCCACCGAAGCUUGGACCGGGCAAUAGAGGAGAUAUGACGGCUGUUAUCGCUGAGAUGGAGGGCUCUCACAUACAGAAAGGACACCGUCAUGGGUUGUCAACAAACUCGUAG